CUUUGAUUUUUUAUUUCCCAGACUAUACAGUCAAUUGGAGGGAAGGGUUGAGCAGUUAAUUUAAUUAAGUCCCAGUGAUCGAACCUUGACGACGACGACGAAGGUGCGCACGUUAAGCCAAUCACUCUGCGCACGUUAAACCAGUAGAGAGAGAAAGAGAAAGAGAGAGAGAGAGAGAGGAGUUGUGUUGUGCCCUGUAUCUGGAUGCGACUCGAUCGGCGAUGCCUAAGAUGAAGCAUCUGCUACGAAAGCUUCACAUCGGCGGUGGCUGCAACAACGACAACCACCACCCGUCGCCGCCGCAGACGGCGGAAGUGACGCCGCCGUCGUCUUCUUCUUCGGCUUCGUUGGAAUCGGCAUUGACGAGAAUCGGAGCGGUUGAGUCGGCGGAGAAUUCGGCUGAUUUCAAUUUCUUUGAAGAGGAGUUUCAGGUGCAACUUGCCCUAGCGAUCAGUGUUUCCGAUCCCGAUGCACGCGAAGAUCCUGAAACGGCGCAGAUCAAGGCCGCCAAGCAGAUUAGCUUGGGGUGUGUGCCUUCUGAAACCCUGGCUGAAUCUCUCUCUCUUCGGUAUUGGAGUUAUAAUUUUGUGAAUUAUGACGAGAAAGUGAUGGAUGGGUUUUAUGACAUGUAUGGUUUUAAUUCAAAUUCAGACAUGAGAGAGAAGAUCCCACAUCUGCUAGAUCUCCAAGCAAUUUCUGUUUCAGAUAAUGUUGAUUUUGAAGUCAUUCUAGUGAACCGGAAUGUUGAUCUGCGUGCACAGCUUGAGGAAAGAGUGUAAUGCUGUUUCUGUGGAACACAGGUUUUGGAACAGGAUCCAAUUAUUAGUGGCUUGAUCCAAAUGAUUGCUGAUCUUGUUGUUGAUAGGAUGGGUGGUCCGGUUAGAGAUGCAGACAAAUUGUUGAAAAGGUGGUCUUUGAGGAGUCAUGAGCUGCGUAGUUCUUUGAACAAUAUUAUUCUUCCCCUUGGUUGUCUUGAUGUUGGACUUUCACGCCACCGGGCACUGCUUUUUAAGGUACUUGCUGAUAAAAUUAACCUUCCAUGUAUGCUGGUCAAAGGAAGUUACUAUACUGGUACUGAUGAAGGAGCCGUGAACGUGAUCAAAUUUGAUAAUGGGAGUGAAUACAUUAUUGAUCUCAUGGCUGCUCCAGGCACUCUAAUUCCUUCUGAGUUACCCAGUGAUCUUCAAAAUUCUGGGUUAGAUAUAAGCAGUGCAGUUUCACCUGAUCUUGAACAAGUUGCCAAAGGUGUCGGCUCAGAUUCAGUAGAAGCAUCUUUUUCAGGCAUUCAGUCAAAAGGCAAUGUAGAGCAUGUUGAUGAAGAAAAUCAAACCAAGAGGUUUGAGAAUGAUUUUGGUAAGCUUCUUCCAUUGCUAUCUAGAUCACAUGAAAGAUUGUCUGGCACUGGUGGGACAGCAACAGAUGCACAAAAAUUGAAAGUCAAAGAUGUUUCUAAGUAUGUCAUCAGUGCUGCAAAAAACCCAGAUUUUGCUCAGAAACUUCAUGCAGUUUUGGUUGCAAAACAACUAGAAUUGCCUUCUACUGAUGUUAACGCUGGACGCUCGUUACUUUCUGACACUACAGAUGAGGGAUUUGUGCUUGUUAAUUGUGAAACUAAUGAAGCGAACCAGACUGAUGAUGUGGGUGUUGUUCCUGUGAGAUUGAUUGAAACCAACAGUGGCCUGCCUGUUGCUUGCAGUGCUCACAAUGAGAGGAUUAACCCAGCGCUGGGUAAUGUUUCUGACUGGGAAAUUCCAUGGGAAGGUCUUCAGAUUGGAGAACGCAUUGGAAUUGGUUCAUAUGGCGAGGUUUACCGUGCAGAGUGGAAUGGCACUGAAGUUGCUGUGAAGAAAUUCAUGGACCAAGAUAUAUCAGGCGAUGCACUUGCUCAGUUCAAAUAUGAAGUUGAAAUCAUGUUGAGGUUGAGACAUCCUAAUGUCGUUCUUUUCAUGGCAGCAGUUACUCAUCCACCAAAUCUUUCUAUACUGACAGAGUAUCUUCCAAGGGGAAGUUUAUAUAAGCUACUGCAUCGUUCUAAUAAUCAACUCGAUGAAAAAAAGAGAAUGCGAAUGGCUGUGGAUGUGGCAAAGGGAAUGAAUUAUUUGCACACGAGCCAUCCUACUAUUGUGCAUCGAGAUCUGAAGACUCCAAACCUUCUUGUUGAUAAAAACUGGCUUGUUAAGGUUUGCGAUUUUGGCCUAUCACGUGUAAAGCACCAUACUUUUCUAUCUUCGAAUUCUACUGCUGGAACGCCUGAAUGGAUGGCACCUGAAGUUCUGAGGAAUGAACCAUCCAAUGAGAAGUCUGAUGUGUACAGCUUCGGCGUGAUAUUGUGGGAGUUGGCAACUUUACAAGUGCCAUGGACUGGGAUGAACUCAAUGCAAGUUGUUGGAGCUGUUGGGUUUCAAGGAAGACACCUUGACAUCACAGAGGAGAUAGAUCCAACAGCUGCUCAGAUAAUAAUUGACUGCUGGCAUCCCAAUCCACAAUUACGGCCCUCUUUUGGUCAGCUCAUAACCCGUCUCAGGUGUCUCCCGUGUCUUCGGCGUCCAGCUAUUCAGAAUACUCGUACUCAUUCAAUUGAAGCUAUAAAAGAAGAGUGUUGUAUCGAUAGCUGAAUGCUGCAACUUUGUAGAUGCAAAAGAACCAUAAGAGAAUAUCGGAUUGGGAAGUGUUGGUUCGUUCAAAGGGGAGGGGGUCAGCACAGCCGGUUCGGUUCAGAACAGAGUAUGUAACUAGUUAGAAAGAAAUUAAAAGAAAAUGAAAAGAAAGGAAAAACAAAAGUGUUUUGUGUUGUGUGUAGUAGUUUCAAGUUGUACAUUAGUAUAUAUUAUGUAAGAGAGUCCCUACCCUACCCCAACAAAAAGCGAAAUCUGGAGUGGAGUCUGUCUGGGGAGGUCUCAUUGAGAGGAAGCAUUUUGAGCUUCUUAAUUGUAAACAUCUGAUCUUUGCUUAGCUGUUUUGUGCAAAAUAGACCAAACAAAAAUUGAUAAAAAAAAGAAAAGAAAAGAAAAAAAAA